AUGCUCGCCCGCCUUGCUUCGCGUUCGCUGCCGACGGCCCGUGCCCUGCGCAUGGCCGCGCCUGCCCGCCUCUUCUCGGACACGCACGACGACUUCAAGCCCAAGUACCAUGCGGCGGCGUCGGCCGAGCCCGAUGAUGUGCUCAAGCUCAUCCAGAGCCACGUCGAGACGUACCCGAUCAUGCUCUACAUGAAGGGCACGCCGACGUCGCCGCAGUGCGGCUUCUCGCGCCAGGUCGUCCAGAUCUUGCACGCGCAGGGCAUUAGCUUUGACAGCGUCAACGUCUUGGACCACCCCGAGAUCCGCGAAGGCGUCAAGGAGUUCUCACAAUGGCCCACGAUCCCGCAGCUCUUUGUCAACGGCGAGUUUGUCGGCGGCUGCGACAUCAUCUCGGAUAUGCACAAGUCGGGCGAGUUGGAAGACUUGCUCAAGCCGUUCGCCAAGUAG